ACUACCGUUAUGUUAUCGGGUAUUUACGUAUCGCGAUGAAUUUUCAUCCCUGAAACUCGUGUGAAUUAUAGUUAAAAUAACUCACACAUAUCGACUUGCUGGGUUUCUAAGGUCAACUCAAGACCUUAAGAAAUUGUAGAUUUUCCUUACGUAGUUUCAUUGAAGGUGUUUAUCUUCUUAACGUCAUGUUAUUGUAGGUCUUUCGCCGCGCCACACGGUCCCCGUUAUUUAAUCGUCCGAGUACACUCUUGCAUUAGAGCCACGGCAGAAGUCCGGCAGCGCAAGACUGCUAUGACGGUGAGGACCAGCUGCUGAGACGGAUCUUUCUUGAAUUGAAUUCGUUUUUAAUUUUAUUGUUUGGUGAAAAGCCAUUCUUCGUCAUGAAGUGCAUUAACCAAUUGACUGUUUUUGUGCUAUACCUCUCAUUCAGAGGGUUUGAAAAACCAGGUUCUACAACCUUCGUCUUAGCUCUUGAGGGAGUGAACCCAGGCAGUAGUAGCCCUCAAGGAAAUCCAAGUUCUGGAGAGACUAAGGAGCUCUCACCCCAGGGUGAUUCAAACAUAAACCCAGCUGCUUCAAAUUUGAACUCUGGAAAGAAUGUAAAUGUGCAAUCUGCAGAUUCACCUGUGCCCUCAAAAGCAGGUGAAGGAGACCCUUUAAAUGUAAUCCCCAAGCAAACUGAUAAUCAACAGCGGACUGUGGGGGAAGAGUUGAUAAGAAAGCAUCAUUCAGCACCAUCAUCAAACUCUGAGCAACAUCAAUCUUCCAAUGUAAAAUUAAAUCAGAAGCAAGCAAGAGAAGCGAGUGUAACUGAUGAAAGGACUAAUAAGCAAGUGCACCAAGAAGGUGAUACAACCACAGUUAAUAACCCACAAAGCAGUAAUAAUGGUGCUCCUGUCCCACCUAAAGAAACUGUCCAGUCAGGAGCAGGCAGUCAGCAAGUUAGUCAACAGAAUGUAAACCAGGGUUCAAAUCAACCCAAUGUGGUGCAGCAACAGCACGUUCCUCAGGGUGAUGAUCAACCACUUGCUCAAAAGGGUAAUGAUCUACCACUCGCUCAAAAGGGUAAUGAUCAACCACUUGCUCAAAAGCAACAGCAGCAACAUGUCCAUCCUACACGACAAUCAAAACAAAAUCUGCCAUCUGGGCAGCAGAAUCAGGAAGGACAGACAGUAUCUUCCCAAGCACAAGGAAAUGUUGCAAAACAACAGCCCAUAACACAACAGCAACAACAACAGCCAGUAACAAAACAACCACAGCAACAGCCUCCUGUAACACAACAGCAACAACAGCAGCCGGUAACAAAACAACCACAGCAGCCAGUACCACAACAACGACCUCCUGUAACACAACAGCCACAGCCGAAUACACAACAGCAACAACAGCAGCCAGUAACAAAACAACCGCAGCAGCCAGUACCACAACAACGACCUCCUGUAACACAACAGCAACAGCCGAAUACACAACAGCAACAACAACAGCCAGUAACAAAACAACCACAGCAGCCAGUACCACAACAACAACCUCCUGUAACACAACAUCAUCAGCCGAAUACACAACAGCAACAACAACAGCCAGUAACAAAACAACCACAGCAGCCAGUACCACAACAACAACCUCCUGUAACACAACAGCAAAAGCCGAAUACACAACAGCAACAGCAACAGUCAUCAACAGUACAUCAUGAAGUAAAAGCUAGUCAGCAAACCCAAGUUCAUCAACAGAAACAAACCCCACCCCAGCAGCAACAAGUGCCACAAACAGAAUCCACUGGUGAAAAACAAACUUCACAAUUUCAACAGCAACAAGCUCAACAAACACGGACACAAUCCCAAGCACCCCAGUCUGUUCAUAAUCAAGAGAAUGAGCAACAGACACAUGAGUAUGUAAAGGGUAGCUCCAGAACAGUUGUCCACACAGAUAAGUCAGCUGAUAUUGUCCCUUCCUCGAGGACUCCAGCAAGCCCUUCUGAUCCUAAGGAAACCAAGGGUGAUACAGCCACCAGUAUGACCAGCGGAACAGAGCAAGAACAGAGUUUAGAAGAUGACAUCAAACCUCUGGCUAGUCCACCACUAAAGAACAUGGAAAAGGGUAAAGAGAAAGAGAAAGUUGAAAUACCAGUAGACCCUGAAACACAAGAGAGAAUAAGGAAAGGUGAGGAGCUUUAUCAGGAAGCUCUGGAGCUCAUCAAUUCUACUGAAGACCAGUCGGAUCUGGCCUACAAGAUCCUUGUGAGGGCUGCCUACCUAGAGCAUCCCAAGUCUAUGUCCAUGGUCAGUUUUUCCUUCUUGUUUGGUGACAAGUUACCCCUGAACCUGACCGGAGCCCACGAUCUCUUCACCCGUCUUGCCGACCAGGGUGAUCCACGUGGUCAAGCAGGUCUUGGUUUCCUCCAUGCUACUGGUGUAGGAUCCAACUCCAGUCAAGCCAAAGCCCUGGUCUACUACACCUUCUCAGCUCUUGGUGGCGAUGCUUUUGGCCAAAUGAUGAUGGGCUACCGGUUCUGGUCUGGCGUAGGAGUAGCUCAGAACUGUGAGACUGCCAUGUCGUACUAUAAGAGAGUAGCCAGCAAAGUUGCUGACAAUGUAGUGAUUUCUGGAGGUAAUAUCAUGGUGCGAGUUCGUCUCUUUGAUGAGAAUGAAGAUCCAGACCCCGAUGCUGGAAUGCUUGAUGAUGAUCUCAUUCAGUAUUAUCAGUUCUUAGCAGACAAGGGGGAUGUGACUGCACAGGUUGGCCUGGGGCAACUCAACUACCAAGGUGGUAGAGGAGUCCUUCAAAACCAUCAGAGAGCUUUUGAAUAUUUUACACAAGCUGCUGAAUCUGGUGAUGCUACAGCUCAAGCCUAUCUGGGAAAAAUGUACUCUGAAGGAGGCCCUCUAGUGAAGCAGGAUAACGCUACAGCCCUGAAGUAUUUCAAGAAAGCAGCUGAUCAGAACAACCCCAUUGGACAGAGUGGACUAGGUCUCCUGUACCUGCAUGGACAAGGAGUCGAACGGGAUCAUGUACAAGCAUUCCAAUUCUUUCAACAAGCGGCAGAUCAGGGUUAUGUAGAUGGUCAGCUUCAUCUUGGAACCAUGUAUUACAGUGGAUUGGGAGUAAAGCGAGAUUACAAGAUGGCGGUAAAGUACUUCAACCAUGCUUCUCAGUCCGGUCAUAUCCUAGGCAUCUAUAACCUAGCUCAGAUGCAUGCUACGGGUACAGGGGUUAUGAGGUCAUGUCAUACUGCUGUCGAGCUGUACAAGAAUGUUGCUGAGAGAGGAGAGUGGUCCAGACUCCUGGAGUCAGCCAGGAAAGCCUACGUGGACAGGAAGAUCCAUACAGCUCUGCUACAGUACUCUUUCGCUGCUGAACUUGGAUACGAAGUCGCUCAGAGCAAUGUGGCCUACCUAUUGGACAGAGGUGAAGUAAACAUGUUUGGCUUCAAUGAGACAUACCAGAGAGCUCUGCUCAACUGGCAGAGAGCCGCUGCACAAGGCUACACCCAUGCUAGAGUAAAGCUAGGUGACUAUCACUAUUAUGGUUACGGGACCGAUGUGGAUUAUGAGGCCGCAGCUCUGCAUUACAGACUUGCAUUUGAACAGCAGCACAAUGCACAAGCCAUGUUCAACCUGGGCUACAUGCAUGAGCAAGGAUUAGGCCUUAAAAAAGACAUCCAUUUGGCGAAGCGUUUCUACGACAUGGCAGCGGAGGCGAGCCCUGAUGCUUAUGUACCUGUUAUGCUGGCCUUGAUGAAGCUAGGUGGCGUCUAUGCUUGGGAGUACAUGCAAGCGAACUCUGAUGUCUUGAAGACGCUGGACAUGGAUGCAUUCUUUGGGCAGUACUGGGAUGUGUACAUCAUCACAGCUCUCUUAGGCCUCAACAUCAUGCUUGGGGUGUUGGUCUUGGCGAGGAGGCACUAUGUGUAACAACCCCCCCCCCCCCCCCACCACCAAACCCCUUUCUUCUAUCCCCUUCUCUAUCAUUGGGCAAAGAAGUACCUCUUGGUCAUUACUGAAAUGGGCAUAUCAUAACAAUUUAUAAGGCCUCCACAUCAUGCUUGGGAUGUAAGUCUCUGUAAGGAAGCUUUAUGUGGAAAGUUAUGACGCAUUCACACAUGAUGGAACAUUGUGGCAUUUAAAAAAAAAAAAUUGUAAGUUGAAUAGCAAAUUGGGAUAAAACAAAGUAGCUGCAUGCAAAAAGGUCCUUUGUGUACUCCUUAUCAAUUUUUUUGGGUAUGCAGAAAUGAGAAGCAUUAAGCUAACAUUGUUAUAAACAAAAAAAUGAAUAAAAACAAAAUGUUGCGGACAGCUUCAUGUGUGCAUGUGCCAAAAUAGGUAACCCCCCCCCCCCCUUACCACACCCUUCAUUGGCCAAGAAGUAUUUCUUGGUUUUUAAUGAUAUGUUCAUAUCCCUGAAACACCUAUCGGCUUUACCACCAUGCUAUGUUAUAUGUGUAACUCUUCCCGCCCCCACAGAUUACUUAGAAACACCCUUCAGUUUUAGUGAAUGAAACCUGGGAAAUAAAUUGCUUUCUUUGAUUAGAGUUAGAGGCUAGUUCUAGCGAUGCCUACCUUACAGCUGCAAUUAAUCACAAGGUUAAACUUCAGGUUGUAAGGUUUGAUUGCAUGAUCCCUUCUGUCUUGAUGUUUAGUACAGAGUUUGAUUUAAAAAGCAUUUAGUUUUCCAUUUUUAGGACUAGAUUUUAGCCCUUUUUGUGUAGAUUAUGUAUUUGUAGGUAGUGUAUUUGUCUGAACUUUUUAAAUAAAAUGUUGCUCUGUAACCAUGAUCUAUUUCAACAGUUUUAACUUUUGUUCCAUGAAGGUUUGUUAAUUUACCUAUUUUCCCCAAAAAAUUUGAGGAUAUUAGAAAGGUAUACAUUUGUUGAUAGAGACAA